AUGCCUCCUCCACGAAGCAGAGACACCUCCGUCCGCCUCAUGCAGCAAUUCCUCUUCGCGACACGACCACAGCAGCGCUCCAUCUGUCUCCAAUGCCGCUCCCGACGCCGAAAUAGCCCUCGGUCUACUCUCCAUGCUCGCUCCCUCGCACAAGCAACACACGCUCGACCACGAGCAGGACUACUAGUACCAUCGACCGAAACGCAAGGGUUGCAAGUGCAAGGACCCGUACAAAACCACUCCCAAACAACACAUUUCAGCACUUCAACGACUGCGUUCAAAAAAUCAUCCGCCUCCUCCAAAUCAUCCCGCAAAUCUCCCCCCGUCACCGCCCCGAACCGUGACGUCCAUGUCCCCGACAACGCGGCAACGCGGGAACGCGACUCCGAAGUCGACCCGUACGACUUCAGCGAGCUGAACGAUAAGAUCUCAAAGGCCAUUUCGCGCCUCAAAGAAGCCCUGGUCAAGACUCGAGAAGCAGGGCGUGUCACGCCGGACAUGGUCGAGGGGUUGCCGGUCGAGCUUAAUGUCAAGGGUCAUGAUGCCCAUGGCGCGCCGCCGCACAAGGAGAGGUUGAGGAUCGGGGAUCUGGCGAGUGUGGUGCCCAAGGGGGGGAGGAUGAUGCAGGUGUUUUGUGCGGAAUCGGCGCAUGUCAAACCGAUCUGCUCCUCCAUCAUCGGCAGUCCACACAGUCUCGUCCCCCAAGUCGACCAGAACAACCCUUUGUUGGUCCUGGUCCCCGUGCCGCCAAUGACGGCAGAAACACGCGCCCAAGCCCGGGCCGAAAUGAAAAAGGUCUUCGACCGCUCCAGUCUCGAGAUCCGCAAUGCCCGCGGCGACGCGCAGAAACGGUUCCGCAAAAUGGAGACUCAGAAGUUGGUCAUUGUGGACGAGUUGCACAAGGCGCAUAAGCAGAUGGAGGAGAUUGUGCGCAAGGCUCAAGACGAAGCGAAGAAGCUUUAUGAUGGGGCUGCCAAAGCUAUGGAAUAG